AUGCUGUCAAAGUCUCGGAACUCUUGCGAGCAUUGUCUCGAGGAAAAGAUGAAGUGUGGAAGGGAACGUCCCACCUGUGGAAAUUGCACAGAUCUAGGUAUCAGCUGCAAGUAUAGAAUGGUAUUGCAUUGGGGAGGUCGUCCGAACAAAAAGGUUAAUAAAAAACCCAAGAUUCAUGAGGGACUCAGUGUGGUCAAUGGUGUGUUUGUGAUCAAACGAUGCGAAAAGUCCAGCCAGCAUAGACGUCGGAAAUCUAGUGCACAGUCUUCUGAGGUUGCGUUUCCCAAGCAGACUAAGUUCUCUCCAGCAGUGGAUCCCAAUUCGCCGAUGGGAUUUGUCAGAAGCUCUGAGCACUACUGGAGCCUGUGGUUGCAUUUCACAGAGAAUACGUCGCAUAUACUGGUGGCGACAAUAGAGGCCAACAAGGGGGAACAUCCAUUUCGUGUGACGAUUCCGAAUCUAGCGAAACGAUCCCUGACCCUCACGAAGCUGUUGAUCGCGUUUGGUGCUCGACAUAGGUAUCAGCUCUGUCAACAACCAAAAGAUUACGACAUAUCGCAGUUGAUGCUGGGCGAAGCUGGGAAAGAGCUGGUGAAAAUCAUAGAAUCGCUGCCCCAUAUGGAUGAAAAGACUGGCGAGCUGACACUGGCCUGCAUCUUGAUGCUUGCCGGGUACUGCAUUUUUUUCGGUGACAACAAGAUGAGAUGGACGAUCCACCUGGGGGCCGCUAGAUAUAUCCUGAGUAGUAUCUUGAAUCGUACCAAGCGUUCGGAUGGGCAGAAGUCAGUGGUCGUUACAUACUGUGCAGACCCUGGCCCUCGUUUUUUUUUGAUAAGAUGGUUCGCGUUUAUGACUGUGUUGGGUCUCUUAUCUUCAUCACCUCUAGCCAACAGCGAGCCACUCGUAUUUGACUUUAGUGGGUUUAAUCAACGUUGUCGUACGGCUAAAGGCAAGCUUGAUUUCGAAAGCUUUGAAUACAACGCCGGAUUGCGUACCACAACUCUCGAGAUGCUGAUGAAGACUGGUAAGCUGAUAAUAGCUCACGAGAGCCAAAGUUGUUCUGCAAAGGAAAGAAACAUGCUGCUUGGCGAGGCGAUAGAACUGGAUUACGAGAUAAUGAGAUAUUUUGAUUCCAGUGAGAGCUGGAACCGGAUACUGGCGUCGGCCAAAGGAGAUGAACUACUGCUGGCGACGGACCUCCUCUUUGGACUUUCGGGUAUGCUCCAUCUACGGCGGCGCAUCAUGAACCUACCGUCCAGCAGCAAGAUGGUGAAGGAUCUAGUCUUGCGGGCAGCCCGCGUGCUACUGGAUGAAGUUCCCUCCUCAGGAACAGCUCUAUGUUCCAUCACGUCCUGUAUUUUCGCCUUUGGUUGUGAAUGCGGUGCGGGAAGCGGCCUGGAGCCACUGCAACCGUUGUUUUCCAGCCGACUGGAGCAGAUCGAGCUUUUAGGCAUGCCAGCCACGAGCCCAGCAAGAAGCAUCAUGCAUGAAUGCUGGGAGAAGGGCUCCUGCUGGUGGGAAAUUUACAAAGAGCGGAACAUUGAGCUCUCGUUCGGCACAUAG